GCUUGCUUUAUUUUAAUUUUUUCCAAGGGUAAGUAAAACAAUAAUUGCCCUAAUAACAACAAUCAUUAUGUACAGUGAAUUAAUAUUCCAAGUUUUUUGUUGCCUAUUUAUUUUUGUUCGGGAUUUGGUAUUUAUGUUUUAAGACUGGCCUAUAGUUGGAACAAGUGUCCGUAAGCAGGGUUAUCACUAGCUAGGACUUAUUACCUGGGUUUUUAAAACAAGCCACUCAUUUGCCUUUUUCUUUCCACAUGGAUAGGGAUGAUAGACAACUGCUGUGAAGCUUCAAUGUUUCUGCCUGGUCAUGCACAGUUCUGCAAUAUGAUGCAUAAAUGUAUAACAACAACUUGGGCUCGCCUGAUACCUUGCUUGGAAUAAGGAAAUCCAGCCAGGCGCGUCCACGCGGCCGUUCGCGCGCGCACACACACGCACGCGCACACACACACGCCAAAAGUUGAUUCAUUCCCGAAAUCCUCCAGAAUAUUUCUUUUUCUUUUUUCUGGCAGCGCCGGCUUCCCAGUCUGGCAGUUAGGUUGGGGGCGUGGGAGGGGCAGGGAAGGCGAGCGGAGGGAGGCGGGAGCCCGGUGUCGGAUGCCCGUGCGCGCCGCGCCCGCUCCUGCCGGCUGAGAGUCCGGGCCGGGUUUUGUGUCGUGUCCCCGGGCUUGUCUCACGGCCUCCAGCCGCCGCCGCUGCCGUGUUUACUGAGCUCGCGCGUCCUGAUAUCACUCCGCUGGCAUGGAGGAGGAGGAGGAGGUGGAGGAGCGAGAGGAGGAGGAGGAGGAGGAGGCGGCGGCGGCGGCGGCGGCGAGCAGUUGAUCAUUGUGAUGGUGGCAGGAGCAGAGGCGGCAGCGGCAGCCCAGCCGAGCGUUAGGGGCUGCUCUCUGCGCGGCGUUUUGCAAAGGACUUCACCGAUCUACUUUUGCAGUCGCCUCGGACUGUCCAUGUGUUUACUUCCCCCAGCCCGAGGAUUCGAUAUCUAGGUUCCUGUGAAAUGCAACUGAGCAGCCAAAGUACUUUGAGAACACGGGGCGGCAUAAACACCAAAACUUUUUUGUGGAAGGAAAAUGCAAUAAGCAAGCUUGCUGUUUUCCGAUGCGGUGUGGAGUGAGUGUGUGUCGCGCGUGUCCUCACUGGAGGCAUAUGCUUGUGUGUGUACAUGGGGUGUGUUUUUCGGUACGUAGGGAGAAAAUGCUUGCCAACCACCGGAAAUCUCCUGGAAUUUAUUAGAAAAUAAUGGAUUAUAAAAAGAAGGCAGGCGAAGAGCGGAUCUCCCCUCGAGUUGCAACCCGAUUUGCUGCUGGCUCAGUUUGUUGUGAUUCUUUUUGUUGAUAGGUGUCUGAUGGUAUUCUGAUAACACCCCCUCUUUUUUUCCCCUCGAGCUUUACAGUUUAAAAAAAGGAAACAAACAAAAAAAAAACCACCCCAAAAUCUCUCCCCCCCUUUUUUUUCGCCCGGUCGGGAUCGCUGUUUCCAUCCAUGUGCUUGCGUCUCCCCCGCGUUCCACUUAAACUAUUUUAAUCCUUGGACCCAAGGAGGAGGCUGAUAGGGGGUGGAUAAAAAAAGUUCUUCCAAAAUAGUGUGCCCGGGGAGCAGGAUGGGGGAUUUCGCAGCCCCCGCUGCUGCCGCGAAUGGCAGUAGUAUUUGCAUCAACAGUAGCCUGAACAGCAGCCUCGGCGGGGCCGGGAUCGGUGUGAAUAAUACUCCCAAUAGUACUCCCGCUGCUCCAAGUAGCAAUCACCCCGCUGCCGGCUGCGGCGGCGGCGGCUCCGGGGGCCCCGGCGGCGGAUCGGCGGCCGUCCCCAAGCACAGCACGGUGGUGGAGCGGCUCCGCCAGCGCAUCGAGGGCUGUCGGCGACACCACGUCAACUGCGAGAACAGGUACCAGCAGGCUCAGGUGGAGCAGCUGGAGCUGGAGCGCCGGGACACCGUGAGUCUCUAUCAGCGGACCUUGGAGCAGAGAGCCAAGAAAUCGGGUGCCGGCACCGGGAAGCAACAGCACCAGAGCAAACCCCAGCAAGAUGCGGAGGCUGCCUCGGCGGAGCAGAGGAACCACACGCUGAUCAUGCUCCAGGAGACUGUGAAAAGGAAGUUGGAAGGAGCCCGAUCACCACUUAAUGGAGACCAGCAGAAUGGUGCUUGCGAUGGGAGUUUUUCUCCAACUAGCAAGCGAAUACGAAAGGACAUUCCCACGGGGCUGGAAACCAUCAACAGCUUGCCCAACAUGCCACUGCCUUCAGCUUCUCCUCUUCACCAACUUGACCUGAAGCCUUCUUUGCCCUUGCAGAAUAGUGGGACGCACACUCCUGGGCUUCUGGAAGAUCUCAGUAAGAAUGGGAGGCUCCCAGAGAUUAAACUUCCUGUUAAUGGUUGCAGUGACCUGGAGGAUAGCUUCACCAUCUUGCAGAGCAAGGACCUCAAACAAGAACCUCUAGAUGACCCUACUUGCAUAGACACAUCAGAAACAUCUCUUUCAAAUCAGAACAAGCUGUUCUCGGACAUUAACCUGAAUGAUCAGGAGUGGCAAGAACUGAUAGAUGAACUGGCCAACACGGUUCCUGAAGAUGACAUACAGGACCUAUUCAACGAAGACUUUGAAGAGAAGAAGGAGCCAGAAUUCUCGCAGCCAGCGACGGAGACCCCCCUGUCCCAGGAGAGCGCCAGCGUGAAGAGUGACCCAUGUCACUCUCCUUUCACACAUGUCUCCAUGGGGUCUCCCCAGGCCAGGCCGUCUUCUUCUGGUCCUCCCUUUUCUACUGUCUCCACGGCCACCAGUUUACCUUCUGUUGCCAGCACUCCCGCAGCUCCAAACCCCGCCAGCUCACCGGCAAACUGUGCAGUCCAGUCCCCUCAAACUCCAAACCAAGCCCACACUCCAGGCCAAGCUCCCCCUCGGCCGGGAAAUGGUUAUCUCCUUAAUCCGGCGGCAGCAGUGACGGGGGCUGGUUCGGGGUCGGGCCCGGUGGCCGGGCCUGGCUCCGACCUGUCGCCAGCAGAGCAGCUCAAGCAGAUGGCGGCGCAGCAACAGCAAAGGGCCAAACUCAUGCAGCAGAAGCAGCAGCAGCAGCAGCAGCAGCAGCAGCAGCAGCAGCAGCAGCAGCAGCACUCAAAUCAGACGUCAAGUUGGUCCCCCUUAGGGCCUCCCUCCAGUCCAUACGGGGCAGCUUUCACUGCGGAAAAACCAAAUAGCCCGAUGAUGUACCCCCAAGCCUUUAACAACCAAAACCCCAUAGUGCCUCCAAUGGCAAACAACCUGCAGAAGACGACAAUGAAUAACUACCUCCCUCAGAACCACAUAAAUAUGCUCAAUCAGCAGCCAAAUAACUUGGGUACAAACUCCUUAAACAAACAGCACAAUAUUCUGACUUAUGGCAACACGAAGCCUCUGACCCAUUUUAACGCAGACUUGAGUCAGAGGAUGACACCACCGAUGGCCAACCCCAGCAAAACCCCCCUGAUGCCCUACAUCCAGCAGCCGCAGCCGCAGCCGCAGCCGCAGCCGCAGCCACCCCCACAGCUCCAGGCCCCCAGGGCCCACCUGAGUGAGGACCAGAAACGCAUGCUUCUCAUGAAGCAGAAGGGAGUGAUGAACCAGCCCAUGGCUUACCCGGCACUUCCAUCCCACGGUCAGGAGCAGCACCCGGUGGGGCUUCCGAGGACAGCGGGCCCCAUGCAGUCCUCCGUACCUCCAGGCGCCGGCGGCAUGGUCUCAGGAGCCAGUCCCGCGGGUCCCGGCUUCCUGGGCAGCCAGCCCCAGGCAGCCAUCAUGAAGCAGAUGCUCAUUGAUCAGCGGGCCCAGCUGAUGGAGCAGCAGAAGCAGCAGUUCCUGCGGGAGCAGAGGCAGCAGCAGCAGCAGCAGAUUCUGGCCGAGCAGCAGUUGCAGCAACCACACUUACCCCGGCAGCACCUCCAGCAGCAGCGGAAUCCGUACCCAGUGCAGCAGGUCAACCAGUUUCAAGGGUCUCCCCAGGAUAUAGCAGCCGUGAGAAGCCAGGCAGCUCUCCAGAGCAUGCGAACUUCACGGUUGAUGGCACAGAAUGCAGGCAUGAUGGGAAUGGGACCCUCCCAGAACCCAGGAACAAUGGCCACAGCAGCAGCCCAGUCGGAGAUGGGAUUGGCCUCUUACAGCUCCACGCCUCCCAGCCAACCGGGAAUGUACAGUAUGAGCACAGGAAUGACCCAAAUGUUGCAGCACCCAAACCAAAGUGGCAUGAGUCUCAGCCACAACCAAGCCCAGGGGCCGAGGCAGCCCACCUCGGGGCAAGGGGUCGGGAUGGUGAGUGGUUUUGGCCAGGGCAUGCUGGUGAACUCAGCCAUGACCCAGCAGCACCAGCAGAUGAAGGGGCCAGUCGGCCAGGCCUUGCCCAGGCCCCAGGGCCCACCGAGGCUGCAGAGCAUUAUGGGAACGGUCCAGCAGGGAACACAGAGCUGGCAACAGAGGAGCUUACAGGGGAUGCCCGGGAGGACUAGUGGAGAAUUAGCAUCAUUCAACAACAGUGCCAGCUACCCACUGCAAGCCGGCCAGCCGAGGCUGACCAAGCAACACUUCCCACAGGGACUGAGCCAGGUCGUGGAUGCCAACACUGGAGCGGUGAGAACCCUCAACCCGGCUGCCAUGGGUCGGCAGAUGAUGCCACCGCUCCCAGGGCAGCAGGGCCCCAGCCAGGCCAGGCCGAUGGUCAUGUCUGGCCUAAGCCAGGGUGUGCCUGGCCUGCCCGCAUUCAGCCAGCCCCCGGCACAGCAGCAGAUGCCCAGCAGCAGCUUUGCGCCAAGCAGCCAGAGCCAAGCCUACGAGCGGAACCCCCCUCAGGACAUGUCAUACAAUUACAGUGGGGACGCAGCAGGGGCUUCCUUCCCCGGCCUCUCAGACAGUGCAGAUCUCGUGGACUCCAUCAUCAAAGGUGGGCCGGGGGAUGAGUGGAUGCAGGAGCUCGAUGAAUUGUUUGGAAACCCCUAGUCAAGAGGGGCCCGCAGGAGCCACAGCCUAGUGGUUAAAGCUUCAACCACAAAAAACAGGAUGUUGACUCAUCCUUGUUUUUUUGUUUUUUUGACCCACGUAAACUGAGCAAAACUGCAGCCAGCUGACAGUGGAAGAUCCAGGUACCAAUCCACAGCCCCAAUGGGCCUCAUUUCACCUGACUUUCACACAGCAGUCAAGACGAGACACCCUGCGGACCCCCUGUGAGAGAGGGAGGCGCACCCGAGGCAGGUGGGAGAGACGAUUCCGCAGCCCCUCUGCCGGGCCCUCCCUGUGAUCACCCGGCCCAGUGUGAGCCGCUCCAGCCAAGACCGACUGCUGCCCAGCACAAGGUGGCCAUCAGCCCCUCCUGGUCCAGAACCGGAGGCUGCAGCUUUGGAGACACGAAGGAAAGAGCCUCAGGCUGGGGGAAGUUUCAUGAAGGCUUCUGGGUGGUUGCACAGGCCAAGAGCGCACGUCAGAAACGCUGAACUCUGGUUGCAAAGAGAUGUCUGGCUUCAAGACAUGCUACUGUGUUGGGAAGGGAGGCACCAAGAAUAGUGAGAUGUCACAGGAAGACAACACAGGAUUCUACAGGCCUGUCUUCUGCCCUCAACGACCCUCAGGAAGUUUAGAGACGUUGCCUCCCAAGGACAGCCAAGCGAGCUUGGAGAAGGGUCCUCGCAGCCCUGGGCGGGCGGCCUUCUGCUGGUGACCGUGGUGACCGUCACUCUGGGGAGUUGGGCUGGAGCCUGCGGGGGCCCAGUAUGACCCGAUACCUCUCGGCAACUCCCAUCUGCUCUCGGCAGCCACAGGAUGGGGUGUCCCCAGCUGGAUGCUGUGUGUCCGCCAGCACGGCCUUUCUCCCCGUCCCUGCCGUUGCCCCUCCUUGCCUCCACCCCAGCCUGCCCUGGCAUCUCCUUGCAGGCUAUCCAAGAAGAAAUGAAGCUUUUGUCUUUAGGGAGCCAGAGCAGAGGCAAAAUAAAUGCCAGAAGAACUUAGACAAUGCCUGAAAUAUAAAAGCAACACUGGAGUUUUCUUUCUCUGCCUGGAACUGAGUGGGCUACUCCGCUUUUCAGUGAUGGGUUUACAGGAGCCGCACCUGUUGCUUCUGGGACACCAAGGAGGGACUGGCCUGGAUGUCGCCGGCUCUGGCUCCCUUUGGGAAAAUCCCCGGGGUGAUCCAAAAUCGGCCCAGCCCUUCAUCCCUACUUAUCAGAAAGACUAAUUGCAAACCCUGGAAGAAGAUGAGGAACUGAAAAAUCAAUUGCUCACCUCACACCUUUUGAUGAUGAAGAGGAGGAAGGAGGGUUCCUUUCAUAUGGGCAAAGUAACCCACUCCUGAAGUUCUGUACAGUUGUUCUCUUUGUAAUUCACCUGAAUCAUCCCUCACUGAAGCCUGUGGGAAGGGAUCCACAACCUCCACUGUCAUAAGGCUUGUCCCGUUCGUCCUCGCCUCCCCUCCCGCUGUCCCAUUGGCAUAACCGUUGUCCUCGUGAGUGAGAGUGGUGUGAGCUUUUCUCCUGCCACCCCUGCCCUCCGUGUCUGAAAGGCAGGCUCCCUCCUGGGCACCCACAGGUCGUCACUCACCACACCAGAGCCCCAGCCCCACCACUGGAGCUGGACUGGCUGCGCUCAGGGAAGGUCAGGAAGGGGCUUUGAAUGAAAAGCUGGGGCAGAGGAGGUAGACGGGCAGCAGGCAAGCCAACACUGCUCUUGACUUGCUUGCCAAGUACCAAGGUCAUAGAUCUACUCAGCAAAGGGCAGGACAGAGACCACAGGUGGCCAGGUGGGUGAGGGUCCAGGCAGGGGCUGUGCUCCCUCUGGGAAGAGGUGGUAGCAGGCUGACCGUGAACUCCCUGCGUGGGGAGGGCCACCACCAGGAAAACUCUUGAGUGGAAACAGAUGAAAACCAAAACCAAAAAAAAAGGUAAACACGAAUACACAGAGUAUAUAAUUACCUUUUUCUGAAAGGUACGGGAAAUAUAUAAGCAAUGAUGAGAAACUGGAGGUGGCUGAUGGAGGUUGGGUUGAGGGGGCUCCAUUAUCUUUUAAAAGCGUCCUCCAAAUGCUCAGUACUGGGACCAACUAAAUCGAGAGGUAGAUUUUAAUAUGGUUGUUUUGUUUUUGUUUUUACUACGGUGCUGAUGUACAUGUAAUGUCUAAAAAAGUUAUUUGUAAAUAAGUUUUUACAAUACUGCAGAUAUCACUGGGUCUACUAUCUGUAAAAAAUAUACAUAUAAAUAUAUAUAUAUACUGUUUGUUUAAAAUAGAGUAUUUUUAUUUCAUUCCUUAACUCAUCGUCCCAGCAGUGGUAUUGCACUUCAGAUGACAUCUAAUUACUAAUUUGUACUGUAUGACCUAUGGCAAAUUCCUCCAUUUUAUUCAGAUUUUUCUAGUUUUCUGUUUUUACUUUGUACAUGGAGCAUUACUUACUUCCUUUUAAGAAAUGUACAGAACUCUGAAAUGUAGAAAUGAAGUGAUGUUGACAUACCACUUUUAAAGAAAAAAAAACAAAUAAAAGAUCAUUAUCUGAACCAA